GUGAGGUAAAAACAAACAGGGAUACAUUAUUGACUGUGGUUUAUCUUUCUAUCCUCCUGGUUAAUUGAUGUCCCUUCCACUGGAUGGUACAUUCCCCGUCUAGCAGCAUCCCACCCCGACCGAGCAACCCUUCGUCCGCAAUUCAACCAAUUUCCCCGCCGCGCCUCUCAUAAACCCACCAAAUCUGUCCUUAUUAAUUGGAUAGAAGCAGAAAACGACAGCAUGGGCUUCUUCUCCGGCUUCUUCAGCGGCUUCGCCCUUACAACCACCGUCCUCUACCUCUCCGUUCAAGUCCACCGCUCCAACCGUCUCGACCAGCGCAACACCAUUCGCGAACACACCCGGAUUCUGAAUGAACUGGCUUCGCCGGUAGGCGCUUACGAUCGCCGGUUAGCCCCGAAAGACAAAGACCUACGCGCAGUCACAGACGAGUCGGCGCAGACCCCGCCGUCGAGGCCCACGAUGCAGGUGAUGUUCAAGCAUAGGUGGAACCAGGAGGUGGAGAAGUUGGCGCGCAGGGCUUAUGAGAGUCGGUGGGAGGAUGCGCGGGAUGCUGCGGUCGAGGGGUGGAAGAAUGUGGUGAGGUUGGUUAAGAAGGAGUGAGUGAACUUCCAAGUGAAAAGGUGUUGGUUUGUUCUGUUCUUGUGUUUGGCUCUGUUGUGUGUGUGUAUAUUGCGAGCGGUUCGGCUCUGAUACCCUUGUUUUUUAUUAUUAUUAUUGUUAUCAUUAUUAUUGUGUAUUUCUAUGGCUGCUUUGAUGUUUGUCUCUUUGCCUAUAUUGCCUUGCUCGGACAUGGGUAUACUUCCACGAUGUGAUUAGUAUGUACAUGUUUCACCGCUUCUACCACACGAACAUUCCCAUGUCGCGUGUCUUUGACUCGCUGGGAUGCGACAAUUGGUUGCCUGGGAGGACGAGUUUCUUCCCGGCCUGGAGUGCGAUGCCAGGCAGAGCACUCCCUCCGAAAGGGGCAUGGCAUAUUCUCCAGCAGCCUGGAGCAUCGACUCGUAUGCGGUUAGAC